UUCCACGCGGCGCCGCGCGAUAGAGCUGUCAGCAGAGCGGCGGUCUCGUGAGAGAGAGAGAGUGCUUUUCUCUCCCGCUCUUCUCUCGUUUCCCGAGAGAAGUGCACGUCCGAAGAACGCGCGUCCGAAAGUUUCCCUCGGACGUGAGAAGAAAGACGGAAGACACACACACCGAGGGUGUGAGGGCGUCCGACAAAAAUCCGAUACAACGAAGAUCUGAAUCUGCCCACGACGAGUCGAGGAGAGAGAAAUCGUGCCAAGUUCCGGUAUACCACGUUCUUCCCUACGUUCUUCGCAUCGAAUCCAUAUCCGACGUUAUCCUCCAAAACUCAUUCGCCGGAUUCCGAGGAUAACGCUCGCUCGAGGAGUCUACCGACUGUGAUUUCAACGCGUGACGCCACUGCCAAAGAGAGGGACACAAACAAACUCACGCGUCGAUCGCGAAACUUGUGUGUCUUCGUUUUUUUGCUUCUUCCGCCUUCCGAUCUUUCACAGAUGACGAGUGUCUUCCACGUUGUGUAGUAUCAGAAGCAUAUACAUUGUUACGAUUCUUUCGAGUCUUCCGCGAGUCUUCGACGUCCCUUUUUGACCAAAUCGAACAAGAAAUCGUCUUUUUGAUGUAAAUUUUCUUCUUCGAAAAAAAAAAAAGAAAAAACAUACAUUGUCUGGCACGAAGAAGAAGAAGAAGCAAGAGAAAACUAUCGAUCACGUUCUUCCGUCGAUCAAGGCGCUACGUACAUCGAAUCCUUCGAGAGUGUUUUCUUGAUCGAGUCGUGAACGUGAUUCGUUGACUAUAUUAUCUUAAUCUGGACUGCGGCCAGAGGCGUUGCGCAUUGCAUCAAGGAGUAUUGUACAUCUAUCACCACCACCACCACCACUACCACCACCACCACCAUCACCACCACCACCACCACCAUCGGAACAUACUCGAGGCAUCGUGGUAUCAUCUGCGCGUUCAUUCCCGGUUCGAGCAGCCACCUGUUCGAACGUUUUGUGCGACCGAUUGUUUUUUUUUCGCUCGCCGCGGGAUACGGCAGGACGACGCCGUGACAACCGUUGGAAGGUUGCGCAUCAUCAUCGGUCCGUCCGCGUGUGAUGCGGUGCACGCAGCAAAUCCGUUGCUGCUGCUAUCGUCUCGCGUCAUUUUGCGCGAUCGCCUCGUCGCAAUAACGGCGAAGAUGUUAGGAAAGGUGCCGCCGUCGAACACGCCGGGUCCGCCUAAUAAUAACGACGGCCAGGUGUCGGCCAAAUCGUGCGCCAACAGGUUAACAACAACAACGACGACGACGACGACGACGACGACGACGACGACGACGACGGGCACGACGUCGUGUCUGCCGUCUUGUUUCUCGACAGACGAAACGUCGACGGUGAGCGCCGACGACAAGGCAAGAUCUUGGCGUUCGACGAAGACGGACAACGUAAACGACGAAUCCGCCGUGGUGGUUUCCGAAGCUCCUUGCAAUUCUCUACAAUCACACACCGCUAAUCUAACGAGCGCGGUGUCAAUGAUAGAACUUCUCAAACCCUGCAGGACCGACGCGACGAUCUGUGCCGCUUCCGUCUGUUCCAAGAUCCCGGCAAAAAGUUCUUCCAAGGAAUCGUUGUCGCACGUCAUUGACAGAAAUCAUGUCGGCAUUACGCAGAAGUGUGGCUCCGGUCAGAACUGCUCGAAUUUCCACAAAACAUCUGGUAGGUCGCGAAGACCGCAGUCCGGUUCGGUCGCCGGAAGUCUCAACGUCGAGUCGUGCACGAGAGACUGUACAAAAAUCUCGAAGAAGAUUGUCGUCGCCGGUCGGGAAACUGCGAACGGCAAGGAUCAUCAGACCGGCAGUCUGUGUAAAAUUGUGUGCAACGAGCAGCAGUCCAAGGAGUACGACGUUUCAAGUACGGUCUCCUCAAAGUUAUCUUCCACGAAGUCUUCCGAGAUAAUUCACCACCAACCACCGUCAUUGCCGGUCGGAAAGAAAUCCGGCAACGAGGACCUUUUGGUGAACACGUGCGCGAGUUUUCCCACGGCGAACAACAACAACGUCCCGGCUGUGAACGAUCUGGUUUACGUGCAUCAGAAGUCGAGGACAGUUGACGCCAAGGACGGCGGCGCCGGUGAUUCCACCGCUUGCGAGGAUCACGUUUCCUGCGUCGGCGAUUUCGUCACCUCGUCUCUGUCCAAGGAUUGGACGAUGAGAAGAAUGAGCAGCGACGCGCUGCAGAACUGCAUGUCCUGUCUGCCGCAGGACUUGCCCACGGAACUGCAACAGUCCUUAUCGUCGCCGCGAAGCUACAAGGAGCUCAAGGAGAAGUGCCGUGAUACGUGGCGACCCACGGAGAUGGCGGAAAGCGGCGCGGUGUACGGACUGUGUUCGUCGGUUGAGACGUUUCAGGAUUCGGCCUCGAGAAGACGCACCGGCGCGUCCUGUCAGGCUCUCAGGCACGCCGUCGCCUCGCUUAAUCGUCUAGACGACUUUUACAUGGAGAAGAUCGGCGCGGGCUUCUUCUCGGAGGUGUACAAGGUUACCCACAAAGUGACGAGUCAGGUGAUGGUGCUCAAGAUGAAUCAGCUGGCGGCGAACAGGCCGAACAUGCUCAAGGAAGUUCAGCUCAUGAACAAGCUCAGCCAUCCAAACAUACUCAGAUUCAUGGGAGUGUGCGUGCACGAGGGCCAGCUGCACGCAUUAACGGAGUACAUUAACGGCGGCAGUCUGGAGCAGUUGAUCAUGUCACGGCACACACCGUUACCGCAUCUCGUUCGGAUGAACCUCGCCAGGGACGUGGCGCGCGGCAUGGCCUACCUGCACAGUCGCGGCCUCUUCCAUCGCGACCUCACGUCCAAGAACGUGCUGAUCAAAAAGGACGAGAUCAAUAACGAGAUGACCGCGGUUGUGGGCGAUUUCGGAUUGGCCGCGAAAAUACCGGAUCCCAGCACGGGUUAUCGGUUGAGCACGGUUGGUAGUCCCUACUGGAUGUCACCCGAGUGUCUGAAGGGCCAAUGGUACGAUCACAGAUCCGACGUUUUCUCGUUCGGCAUCGUCGUGUGCGAGCUGAUCGGCCGGGUGCCCGCGGAUCCGGACGUUCUGCCACGCUCGGAUAACUUUGGCCUCGAUUACCUGGCCGUGGCGGAGAUCUGCGCGGCCGCUGAUCCACCGCCUGCCUUCCUGCAGCUUGCCUUCAACUGCUGCACAUACGAACCCAAGUCAAGACCAACGUUUCCGGAAAUCACGACCAGCCUGGACACCAUGAUAGCAGCCUGCGAAGAAGAGCUUAAGACCAACAUCGGCAAACGGCAGUCGACCGUCGACUCGGCGCUGAUGUCCAGCAUGGACGAAAUCGCGCGGGAAGGACGCACUCUAAAGCGACGUACUGCGAAACUCAGGAGCCAGUCGGCGGACGCGAGAGGCUGCGACAACGCGACCCCCUCGGACAAGGCGAGGUGCCAUUCGGCCAGACGGGUGGCCGAACUCGCGAGCCGACGGGACCCGCAUUACAGACCGAUGACGGCGAAUCCGUUCCACGCGCUUGGCGGUGUCAAGAAGAUCCUCGGCGACUUGUUCUCCAGCUGUCUUGAACUACCAUCGCUGGAAGACGUGCGACCCAGCGUCACCGAUGGCGCGUGCGGCAAGUUCAAACCGGCGCAAAACGACAGCAUCGCGAAAAUUCUGGACAGAAAGAAACCGAGUUCCGAGCCGAGUAGUCCAACCGCGAGGAAAAAAUGGGAGAGAAAGGUUGCUACUAAAGUAGGCGCCGCGAGCUUGUUCGCCCAUCCGCUCUUUCGAGAUGGUUGGGAGCCGCGUAGGCGCGGCAGCUGCGAAUCCGGAUUUUGGAGCUGCGUCGGCGAGGAUCUGAGUCCGGAGCCGCCGAACAGACGACACACAUCGACCCUCAGCAGCUCGGCGGCGAGCAGUUUAUUUCUGCUGGACGAUCAUCGAACCAGCUCGAUCUACACGGACUCUUCCGAGGACAUCGCCAGUCUAGGUGGUGGCGACUCGUGCUGGGAAGACCGACUGAACGGAAUCGGCUCGUCGAGCAAAACUAUCUCGAAAAUUGUCGAGUACUUCGAGAGAAAGCAGGCGGGUAGACACGGCGAUCACGGUGACGCCGGUCCUAGCCGUCUGUCUCUGCUGCGAGCAAGUCUAGAGGGGCCCGUGCCGAUUAGCAGUAUCUCCGCCGCGCAACGGCUGGUUGUGUGCGAGGGUGCCGUGCGCAGCAAACUCGCGUUAUUCGAUAAGAAGUGAUAUUACGCGUGAUCGUACGCGCGAGUUGUCUAGCAAUUACUCACUGUUUCUCUUCAACGCGACAUCCAAAGAGCCUGUGCGUUGAAACGCGAUACCGAUCUUGGAAAGAAUUCGACAGAAACUCGUUACACGCGGCGAUAACACAUAACGAGAAUCCUGGGACAUGUUAAAAUUAUGGUAAACAGCGCGUUUUUACCGUAUUGAGCGAAUUGUUAAGCGAGUGAAGAACACAAAUGAACAGUUAACAAUAAGUUAAAGAUAAUAGUAAUCGAUCUUAUAUAUAUAUAUAUAUUGCGCAUUGAAACAUUAGAGACAAAAGAGAGGAAAGAGAGAUAAUAAUUGCCGAACGCGCGUUAGAGGUCUAUCGUAUAAUGUGAAUUAAUAGGCAGGGGAUAAUUUCAAAAUGCACGCGCGCGGCGUGCUGACGAACACUUCUCUAAAAAAAGAAAAAAAAAACCUAGCAACCUGACUGUGAUGUUUUUGAUAAUCUACAUACAAUACAUACAUUAUCGAGCUGUACGACUGAAAUUUGGUGGAGCCAUCAGCACACAGGAUUUUUUGUACGCAAACACGAAUUUCGCGUUUUCAUGUAUACUUGGGGCUACAACAAUGCGCCGUUCUAAAAGCAAAAAAAAAAAAGAGAGGACGAAGCAAUAGAGUAUUUGAUUUGAGAAUUGCGUUCGAGAUUGGCGUUCGGCGUAGCGCUAAUCGAUCCGCUCGCGAUCGAUACACCUUUUGCAGUGCCUCGCAGUUCCUAGUAGCCAUCUCCGUCCUUAUGCACACGAACCGUGGAUAUUAUCCACAAAGAAUAGCUAUUCAGGUCGAUAAACGAGAGAAUAAGGGCGACUGACUUUUUUUGUUUUUUUGUUUUUAUUUAAGUUAAUCAGACGGAUUGUCACAGAGUUGUCAAAGUUGUUUCUCUUAUCUCCUCGUUUUUAUAAUCUUUGAGUUAAAUACGUUUAAUUUGGUCAAACACUACGGCCGGGUAUUUAUUAUUAUUCACAGUGCGAGAUCUUGUAUUUAGGAUCGUCUUAUGAUCUUGAGAGAUGCUCUAUAAUUUGUUUCACAAGAGCUACAGAGCAUCUCAAAGUGAAAACUUAGGACGAUCUUAAAGAUCUUUCUAUGAGUGAGCCGACCUACGUAUGUUUUUGUCAUAUUUUUGAUCAUAAUUUUUUUCUUUUUUUUUUUGGCAAUAGCCUUUUUUUAAAUUAUACUUUUGGU